GCGCUGUUGGUCACGGUCGGUUGAGGGCGCCAGAAUCGCGCGCAGCCCGAGCGUCGGUAGCCCCCGCGGCGCGUCAUCGCUUCCUGAGGCUGACAUUACUCUCACUCACUCGCUCCUCUGUGGAAAAACUCGGCGUCAGUCAGUGUUUGCGGAGAGGAAACUUUCUUCCUUUGACGGCGCGCAGUCGACGAGAUUUGCAGCUUUCCCAAGCACACACCGCUCCAUCUGUUUGGAUUACUGGCAUCCGCGACUCCAAAAACAUAAUCCGCAAAGCUUUUCGGAAGGUGGAUUUGUGCGGUUCCCUUCAAUUUGUGCGUGACAACUGUAUUCAAGUGCGCGCGGCUUCCGGAUAUAUCCCUGUUUUGCUGUAUCUCGCACAAGAGCACAGUUUGCGGAUUUUUCUUCUUUACGGCGUUUUACCCCGUGAACUCUCUUUAAAUCUCACAUUGGUUUAAUUCGUCUUAAAUGUCAGCACCAGCAUGAAGAUACGCGCGUAAGAGAGGAGAUUUUCCCUGAUGAAAGGAGUCGAGCGUUCAGCUCGAGUUCACUAGGGUCACUUCCGGAUGAUGACAGUAAACAUGGAUGGCGGUCUCCAAAAUGGACCUGGACAGCACAAGAACUCACAAGAUGAUGAAGAGGCGCUCACCUCCAUAAUGAAGGACCUGGCAGCUUUACGCUUCUGUUACCAGUUCAAGAGUAACAACAGCAACAAGCCCAAGAGCAGAACCCAGUCCUACAGACAGGAUUUACGGGUGAAGCUGGAGCAUGAGCGAGAGAAACGGUCAUCCAUACUCCCACACACAGAACAUGUCAUUUUUCCCAUCUCAAGACUGCCAAAUGCCAACACAAUCAUUCCAUUCCAAAGGCCGCUGAAGUUCAAGGAUCUGCUUCAGAAAGUGACAGAGGCCUUCGGUCAGCAAAUGGACCUAUACUACACUGAUAAAGAGAUGUUGGUGGCUCUGAAGUGUCAGGAGGAUUUGGACCGAGCAAUUCAGGGACUGAGCUCCAGCUCUGGAAUGAACAACCUACUGAGAGUGAUUCUGAAAACACCUCCCAACAACCAAUUCCUUCAAGUUAGCGGCCAAGACAAGCAGAGCGAGAUGAGGUCAUCCAGGUCCCUGGGAGAUCUCAAAGCCUCGGUUCUCAAAGGCUCUGAACGAGUGCGCAAACACUCUACAGGAUCUCUGAACACGGGCCGCACCUCACCCCCUCCGGGCAGCGUACCAGAAGAACAACAGCAGAUCGCUCGGCAGGGGUCCUACACCAGCAUCCACAGUGAAGGAGAGUUCAUCCCAGAAACGCUCGACUCCAAUAUUAUGGAGGCGUUUGGGAGUGCGAAUGGGUCACUUUCCAGCAGCUGUCAGUCACUGGACCAAGCACUGGACAGCCCGCCAUUCUCCCAGAACAACCGGGACAACAAUUACCUGAACCUCAAUUAUGAAUACAAAGGGCGUCACGGGAAACACGGGACCUUCCCUCGCCAGUUCCACAUGUCCAGCCGCAGUAAAGACUACGGUGACGGUCGAAGGACCUUCCCUCGAAGCUUUAUGCCUCAAGAGAACCUGUUUCAGCUGGUCCCGUCCAGCCGUACACGCAGCUAUAAUGGAGAAAGCACCUUGCUGUACAGUGGAGAUCCGCACUCCAUCAGCUGGACUGAGAAAAACAGCCAGCGCAACACUCCUAAAUCCCCAAGGGCUCCUGUAAACUGGCGUCAGGGGAAACUGCUCGGUCGGGGAGCGUUCGGAGAGGUCUACCUCUGCUACGAUGUUGACACGGGACGCGAGCUGGCGGCCAAGCAGGUGCCCUUUGACCCUGAGAGUCAGGAGACCAGCAAGGAAGUGAAUGCACUGGAGUGUGAGAUCCAGCUCUUGAAGAAUCUGCGUCACGACCGUAUCGUGCAGUACUACGGCUGCUUGCGUGAUCCGGUGCAGAAAAAGCUGUCCAUCUUUGUGGAAUUCAUGCCCGGGGGCUCUAUUAAAGACCAGCUGAAGGCGUACGGAGCACUGACUGAAAAAGUCACCCGCAGAUACACCCGACAGAUCCUACAGGGAGUCCACUAUUUGCACAGCAACAUGAUCGUACACAGAGACAUCAAAGGCGCUAACAUUUUGAGAGACUCCUCUGGAAAUGUGAAGCUGGGAGAUUUUGGGGCUAGCAAGCGCAUUCAGACCAUCUGCAUGUCCGGCACGGGAAUCAAAUCGGUCACCGGCACCCCCUACUGGAUGAGCCCGGAAGUCAUUAAUGGAGAAGGCUACGGACGCAAAGCAGAUAUUUGGAGUGUUGCCUGCACGGUUGUAGAGAUGCUUACCCAGAAGCCCCCGUGGGCUGAAUAUGAAGCAAUGGCAGCCAUUUUCAAGAUCGCAACCCAGCCGACUAAGCCAAACCUGCCCGAGAGUGUGUCUGACGCAUGCAGGGACUUCCUGCACCAGAUCUUUUUGGAAGAGAAAUGGCGGCCCACUGCCGAGGAGCUUCUCAGCCACCCUUUUGUCCAGGGCAGCUUCUAAUCCUACAGAUCUCGGAUGUCUCUGGAAUCCCCAGGGAAAACCACACACCUGCCCGCGGACCAUCACCACUCUGCCUUCUAGGGUCCGGAGAAACCCACCAAGCAGCCAACUAAGAACAAACGUGAAUCUCCCUAACGCAGCUCGACAAAUAUCAUGGACGCUGAUAGCGCUUCCCGUAUUGUUAAUCAGAGUCAGAGCCCUGUCCCAAAUGAUGCACUUGACUUCAGAACGUCAUUUCAUGAGCUAAAUAGACCCUUUUUAUAUUUUCAGGGCUCUCAGGAGCAGAAGUCAUCAUAGUUGGGUAAACUUUUAAACUGCAUUCCCAUUAGCUCCAAAAGCAAAAGAAAAAAUCCAUGACUUUCCAAAAGAGGAAAAAUAAAAUGGAGAGAUGAAUUAUAGCAGUCAGAAGAAAGUAUGAUGUCAAAUGUCAGCAGUGUUAAUUAUUAUUUUGUAAUUUACUGUCAAGGUAAUAUAACACAAAUUAUAGCACUAUAAAUAUAUAUGACAUAUUUAAAAACUUAUUGGGCACACUAUUACCCAACAUUCCUUGUAACAAACUGUAUAAACUUUUAAAGGGCAGUAAGAGCUGAGAGUGGGUUGGUGACAUAAACCGAUUUUGGGAAAACAACAAUAUCAACUUAAGUAGUUUGCCAUAAUAUAGAAUUAUUAAUGGUUAAAAAUAAUAAAUACUUUCAAAAUGUCAUGUGGUGUGACUUCUGAAAACCUUAAUAUUUCAGAUUUAUUAAUUUAUGGUAUUUCUUAACCUUGCAAAAAUCACAGCACAAAAAUGAGCUCACAUUAAUCACAAAUAUUAAAAAAAUGAUAAAGAUGUGUACACUCAAUGUAUAUUUAACGUACGGAUUUUUUUUUUUUUACUUGAUGGUUACACCGCAUGACAUUUUUAUUGCCAUUUUUUUACGUGUUUUUUUUUUUUUUUUAAACCAUAACAUUCAUUACUAUAAAUGUCCACAGUUUUAUAAAGUACAUUUUUAAAGAUUUUUUCCUUUUCUUUAGAAUGGACGCAUUGCCAUUUGGGACAGAGCCUUUGGCUAGGGAUUGAUACAAUGCAGUCAGCACAGAAUGGCACAUAAAGUGUCACUGCCCAAACAAUGCUGAUUACAAUAGCUUAGUUUACAUGCAUUACUGCCAGCUUUAUCUGAUCCCCUGAUGCACUUGAAACCAGCCCAAGCGCUCUGAUGCGAUACAACAGGGGUUGCUGGACAUAUCACAUAUGCUCUGUGUUUGGCACAAAUGUAUUAGAGUGUCAUUUUAAGGUGGUCUUUUGUUUAACGGAAUUCAUUUGGUUAUAAAAGAGAGUUGAUUUUGAUUAAGGCUCAUGUACCUCUCUAUCCCUGGGUCCAAUCCUGAGUGUCAUUGAAAGUACAUAGAAAAGACCUCAUGGAGCAAUUAUAAUGAUAUAUGUACUGUACAAUACUCAUUUGAGUAAUUUUUUGUUAAGAUUACGGUGUUUGAUGGUUAGAAUCUAACCAAAUAAGAAUGACACAGAGUAAGACAUAUGCAACCACCAAAGUGGUAUGAGACAGAGAAAUGUGUCAUUUUUUCAUGUCUUUUUAGCUAAUGAAGACUGUAUAAACACGUCUUUUUUUUAUAUUAUGUAACGUUUUAGUUAAAGCACUCUUUACCCAGAGAUAAUCACUGUAAAUACGUUCCCAUUGCACUCUUGGACUCAUGCAUAGAGCACAUAGGAUAAUCAGCUGAGAUAUUUUUAUACAUUUUUUUAAAUUCACGUUUGGAAUGACAGUACCAAACUUUUUUGUAUUAUUAUAAAAAUUACCCUAAAGUGUCAAAGCAAUAUUUCAGAGAAGACUACUACGGCUGGUGUGUUAGCAUUCUUGUACUCUUCACUCAGUCGAAUACAACCAAAGAGUGAGAUGAUUGAAUUAUGAAUUUGGUCACUUCAGAACUGUUCGGUGUCUUGAAUUGUAUCCUAUAUGGUGAGUUUCUUUGUUUUGUUGACUCAAACUAUCCUUCGCUGAUAUGCAGAUGUUUUCCUUAUCAUUAUGAAAAUAAACACAGUUUCACAAAAAAAUUAAAGCAAUAGUUCACUCAAAAAUGAAAAUUUGCUGAAUUUACUCACCCUAAGACCAUCUGAAUUUGAUUCUUCAUAUGAACAGAUUUGGAGAAAGUUAGCAUUACAUCACUUGCUCACAAUGGAUCCUCUGCAGUGAAUGGGUGCCGUCAGAAUGAAAGUUCAAACAGCUGAUAAAAACGUCACAUUAAUCCAGAAGUAAUUCACACGAUUACAGUGCAGAGAAAAACAGCUGUGUUUAAUAUUUGUAAUAAACAAAUCCAUAGUUAAUAAGUUUUGGACUCUCAGAGUAUCCACUGAUGUAAUGCAAAAUUUCUCCAAAUCUGUUCUGAUGAGGAAACAAAUUCAUCUACAUCUUGGUUGACCUUGGAUGACAUUUUUGGAUUAACUAUUCCUUUAAACAUACAUAGUCUUAAAUUACAUUUUUUUUCAUCUUGUCCAAAUGUAAAUGCUAAACUUUAAACACUUGAUUCUGUGAUUGCUGUUUUUUGUUCUGAAUUCGAAAAGAAAUACACCAGCAGCAAUUCAUGUUGCAAUUAGUGCCUUCUCUGAUGCCCUUAUUCUGAGAGGUCAGUCAUUUUAAAAACAUUUUUAGCGGUGGAAUGUGUUUUCUGAUGUCCUUCUGAUGGUUUCGGUAUCUCGCAUUGAUGCUGUUAAGGACAUUUGCUGAAGAUCUUUUACUGAAGAGGAUUGCAUUGUAAAUACAUACUGUACCGAGCUGUCAUAAUGUUUCAUUAUAUUCAAAGUACCUUAGUCACAGUAUAUCAUUAUUGUUCUGAUUGUGGAGAGGUCUGGGUUUCAGAUGAUCUCAGCUGAGGGUGAACAAACCACGCUGGUUUUUGAGGGGCUAAGAAUGAAGCAUUCUGUGCUGCCUUGAUGAAAAAGCCUGGAAACAUUUAUCAGUGAUUUUGUACAUUUGAAUAAAUAAAUUUAUUGUCUAAAACCA